AUGUCGUCCUUAGACGGCAAAACGUCAAGACGGGAAAGAGUCCUCAUCUUGGCCAGGAGGGCUGGUCUGUGUUCGUGCGUCUUUAAGGCGCCUUGUGAAGGCAACUAUGUAUACAGUAGUUGGGAAAUAAUGAACCCUAAACGACUUCGGUCUUUAAAGAUAAGAGAGAGGAAAGGGAUAGUUCUAUUCAGCAGUGGAAAGGGCUAUCCCAAAGCUAAAGGUGCACUAGAAUGUAAGACACUUGCUGUUGAAGCAGCCACGCUGUAUAAAUGA